AUGUGUGAGUGGACGAGCGCCGGGGUCACUGUGCUCCUGCUGAUCUGCAGCUUCACACAGUUCUCAGCAGAAGCCAGCCCGGAGGUGAAUGAGUCCCAGCAGCUGCCCACACACGUGUACCAUGACAUGGGUCUGACCAGGAACAAGAUCGUCACGGCUCAGUUCGAGUGUUACCAAAAGAUCCUCAAGGACUCUGCAUCGGACCGAGCCGACUCUCUGUGUAACAGGACCUGGGAUGGCUGGUUGUGUUGGGAGGACACUCGAGCCGGACACACCGCGGAGCAGCACUGUCCAGACUACUUCCAGGACUUCGAUCCAUCUGAGAUGGUGUCUAAGAUCUGCACUGACAGUGGGCAGUGGUUCCUUCAUCCCGAGAGCAACAGAACGUGGACCAACUACACACGCUGCAACGAGCACACCUCAGAAGGACGUGUGACGGCGAUGAACCUGUUCUACUUGGCUCUGAUCGGACACGGCCUGUCGCUCUCUUCACUGUUUGUUUCACUGGGGAUUUUCUUCCACUUCAAGAGUCUCAGUUGUCAGAGGAUCACUCUUCACAAAAACCUUUUCUUCUCGUUUGUGUUGAACUCUGUGAUCACCAUCGUCUGGCUCACUGCAGUGGCCAACAACCAGGAGCUGGUGCAGAGGAACCCGACCAGCUGUAAGGUCUCCCAGUUCAUCCACUUGUACCUGUUCGGCUGUAACUACUUCUGGAUGUUGUGUGAAGGAAUCUACCUCCACACUCUCAUCGUUGUCGCGGUGUUCGCCGAGAAGCAGCACCUGCUCUGGUACUACCUGCUGGGCUGGGGUGAGUACAGGUACCACUGUGGGGAGUACAGGUACGACUGUGGGCUGGGUGAGUACAGGUACUACCUGCUGGGCUGGGGUACGACUGUGGGCUGGGGUGAGUACAGGUACAACUGGGGAGUACAGGUACUACUGUGGGCUGGGGUGAGUACAGGUACGACUGUGGGCUGGGGGGAGUACAGGUACGACUGUGGGCUGGGGGGAGUACAGGUACGACUGGUGAGUACAGGUACUACUGUGGGCUGGGGGAAGUACAGGUACUACUGUGGGAUGGGGGGAGUACAGGUACGACUGUGGGCUGGGGGGAGUACAGGUACGACUGUGGGCUGGGGUGAGUACAGGUACAACUGGGGAGUACAGGUACUACUGUGGGCUGGGGUGAGUACAGGUACGACUGUGGGCUGGGGGGAGUACAGGUACGACUGUGGGCUGGGGGGAGUACAGGUACGACUGGUGAGUACAGGUACUACUGUGGGCUGGGGGAAGUACAGGUACUACUGUGGGAUGGGGGGAGUACAGGUACGACUGUGGGCUGGGGGGAGUACAGGUACGACUGUGGGCUGGGGGGAGUACAGGUACUACCUGCUGGGCUGGGGUGAGUACAGGUACCACUGUGGGCUGGGGGGAGUACAGGUACCACUGUGGGCUGGGGGGAGUACAGGUACGACUGUGGGCUGGGGUGAGUACAGGUACAACUGGGGAGUACAGGUACUACUGUGGGCUGGGGUGAGUACAGGUACGACUGUGGGCUGGGGUUUCCCGCUCAUUCCAGCUCUGAUCCACGCUGUCGCCAGGAGUUACUACUACAACGACAAUUGUUGGAUCAGCUCCAAGACGUCUCUGCUCUACAUCAUCCACGGACCCAUCUGCGCCGCCCUGCUGGUGAACCUGUUCUUCCUGCUGAACAUAGUGAGGGUGUUGAUAACGAAGCUGAAGGUGACGCACCAGGCGGAGUCCUCUCUCUACAUGAAGGCAGUGAGGGCCACUCUCAUCCUGGUCCCUCUCCUCGGGAUCCAGUACGUUCUGCUCCCGUACAAACCAGAGGGGCGCGUCUCCUCCGAGGUCUACGACUACAUCAUGCACAUCCUCAUGCACUACCAGGGUCUCCUUGUUGCAACUAUCUUCUGCUUUUUCAACGGAGAGGUCCAGGCCGUGCUGCGCAGACACUGGAGUCAGUACCAGUUGCAGUUCUCCAGUGUAGGUCUUCACUCCGACGCCCUGCGCUCGGCGUCCUACACAGCGUCCUCCAUCACCGAGGUGCAGACCACGGACACCCACAGCUACUGCCUGGAGCCCACUCCCUCUGAGCUCAACGGGAAGACCUGCCCCCAGGACCUGCUUCGAACCGAGGGGGCCUUCAACUGA